GUGUCAGACUGUAGUCAUUGUUGGCUUACCUUCUGCCKUGGCUGCAGCGUUCAGUAGAUUUCCCUACGAACCUUAUCUUGGAUGAGGACCYGACUGAUCGAUGGUGCGCCUUAUACUGUUACUGUGUGCUUUGUUCUUGUUGGUUAAGGAAGCAAAGUCCCAGGUAGCUGUUCGUCUAGUGGACGGUAAGACUCCUAACGAGGGACGUGUUGAAGUAAGAUACAAAGGUACUUGGGGAACCAUAUGCAAUGAUGGUAUCUGGGACAUAAGGGAUGCUUACGUGGUGUGUCACAUGUUGAAUUACUCCAAGGCAGUUACAGCAACAACUGCUAGAGUCAAAGGAACUGGUCCUAUAUGGCUUAAAUUAAGAGGUGGUGGUUGCUAUGGAUCCGAAGAAUCUAUUGAUCAGUGUGGUCAUGAUGGCUGGGGGUAACACUGGUGGAUGUGAUCACAGUCGUGAUGCUGGAGUGGUAUGUGGCAAUGCAAUUAACGUCAAUGUUCGUCUAGUGGAUGGUAUGACUCCUAAUGAGGGACGUGUAGAAGUAAGAUACAAAGGUACUUGGGGUACCAUAUGCAAUGAUGGAUGGGACAAAUACGAUGCUUACGUGGUGUGUCACAUGUUGAAUUACUCCAAGGCAGUUACAGCAAGAACUGCUAGCGUCAAAGGAACUGGUUCUAUAUGGCUUAAUAGGCUUUAUUGCUGGGGAUCUCAAGAAUCUAUUGAUCAGUGUUAUCAUGCUGGCUGGGGUAACACUGGUGGAUGUGAUCACAGCCAUGAUGCUGGAGUGGUAUGUGGCAAUCUAACACCAGAGGAGAAAGCGAUCGAAGUUCGUCUGGUGGGAGAUCAAAACCAUACUGGCAAAGUAGAAAUACAGUAUCAACGGACCUGGGGAGUAGUGUGUCAUCGUUUGUGGGAUAUACAAGAUGCUCACGUGAUCUGCCGAAUGCUUGGUUACAAAGCAGCAAAACACGCAAUUCGUUCCAUUGAAGGAGAGACACCAAGAAGAGGGCUCAUGAAUGAUGUGGGAUGCAGUGGUAGAGAAAAGUCGAUAGCAGAGUGUGCUCACCGUGGAUGGUGGAAUAUUUAUUUAAAGUCAUGCUCGAAUAAAGAUCUUGCUGGUGUGGUUUGUCAGACAAAUGAAGAUCCUCCACCAGUUCAAGUUCGUUUAGCUGGAGGAAGGUCAGUCAAUUCUGGUCGACUUGAAGUCAGGUACCAUGGUCAGUGGGGUACUGUAUGUAAAUAUGGAUGGGACAUGAAAGACGCUGAGGUGGUGUGUCGUAUGCUUGGUUACCCUGGAGCACAGGAAUACAUAACCACCAACUUUACACCCGUCAGGGGUAUAAUAUGGCUGAGAAACGUUGGUUGUACAGGAAGAGAAACGUCGAUUGCAGACUGCAGUCACAAUGAAUGGGGUAAUGCGUACUGUUACCAUAGUGGAGACGUUGGAAUGACGUGUAAGAUGGGCGCAGUUAGAAGGAGAACACAAGCACUUACAACUACUAAACCGUUGCUGACCAAACCACUGACCAGCAGCGUCACUGAGAGGCCAACAACAAAUAAGAAACAGGUGAGUAGUUAACAAUGGAAGUAAAA